GCGGCGGCGCGGGCUUGGAGCCUGCGGCGAGGAGCAGAACGGAGUGCCCAUCCGGAAACAUGGGCUCCAUGUUCCGGAGUGAGGAGGUGGCCCUGGUCCAGCUCUUCCUGCCCACAGCAGCUGCCUACUCCUGUGUGAGCCAGCUGGGCGAGCUGGGCCUCGUGGAGUUCAGAGAUCUCAAUGCAUCUGUAAGCGCCUUCCAGAGACGCUUUGUGGUGGAUGUUCGGCGCUGUGAGGAGCUGGAAAAGACCUUCACCUUCCUGCAGGAGGAGGUACGGCGGGCCGGCCUGGUGCUGUCUCCGCCUGAGGGGAAGCUGCCAGCACCACCACCCCGUGACCUACUGCGCAUCCAGGAGGAGACUGACCGCCUGGCCCAGGAGCUACGGGAUGUGCGGGGCAACCAGCAGGCACUGCGGGCCCAACUGCACCAGCUGCGGCUCCACUCAGCUGUGCUGGGCCAGAGCCAUGGUCCUCCGAUGGCAGCUGCUGCCUACGCAGAAGGUCCCUCCUCUGAGAGAACACCCCUGAUCUCAGCCCCUGGGGGGUCACACACGGACCUGAAGGUCAACUUUGUGGCAGGCGCUGUGGAACCCCACAAGGCUGCGGCCUUGGAGCGCCUGCUGUGGAGAGCCUGCCGCGGGUUUCUCAUCGCCAGCUUCAGGGAGAUGGAGUCACAGCUGGAGGACCCGGUGACGGGUGAGCCUGCAACCUGGAUGACCUUUGUCAUCUCUUACUGGGGAGAGCAGAUCGGACAGAAGAUCCGCAAGAUUACAGACUGCUUCCACUGCCACAUCUUCCCCUAUCUGGAGCAAGAGCAGGCCCGGCAUGGGGUACUGCAGCAGCUACAGCAGCAGAGCCAGGAGCUUCAGGAGGUCCUGGAGGAGACCGAACGGUUCCUGAGCCAGGUGCUGGGCCGCGUGCAGCAGCUGCUGCCGUCAGGGCAGGUGCAGGUCCGCAAGAUGAAGGCCGUGUACCUGGCCCUCAACCAGUGCAGCGUGAGCACCACACACAAGUGCCUCAUCGCGGAGGGCUGGUGUGCGGCGUGUGACCUGCCCGCUCUGCAGCAGGCGCUGCAGGACAGCUCGAGCGAGGCAGGUGUGAGCGCCGUGGCCCACCGCAUUCCCUGCCGGGACAUGCCCCCGACCCUCAUCCGCACCAACCGCUUCACAGCCAGUUUCCAAGGAAUCGUGGACGCCUACGGUGUGGGCCGCUACCAAGAAGUCAAUCCUGCUCCCUACACCAUCAUCACGUUCCCCUUCCUCUUUGCUGUGAUGUUUGGCGACGUGGGCCAUGGACUGCUCAUGUUCCUCUUUGCACUGGCCAUGGUGCUCAUGGAGAACCGGCCAGCUGUGAAGGCUGCGCAGAACGAGAUCUGGCAAACCUUCUUCGGGGGUCGCUAUCUGCUUCUCCUCAUGGGUCUGUUCUCCAUCUACACCGGCUUUAUCUACAAUGAAUGCUUCAGUCGCGCCACCACCAUCUUUCCCUCGGGCUGGAGCGUGGCCGCCAUGGCCAACCAGUCAGGCUGGAGUGACAAGUACCUGUCGCAGCAUCCUGUGCUCACCCUGGACCCCAACAUCCCUGGUGUCUUCCUGGGACCCUACCCCUUUGGCAUUGAUCCGGUCUGGAGCCUGGCCAGCAACCACCUGAGCUUCCUCAACUCCUUCAAGAUGAAAAUGUCUGUCAUCCUAGGGGUCACCCACAUGGCCUUCGGGGUGUUCCUCAGUAUCUUCAACCACGUGCACUUUGGCCAGGCACAUCGCCUGCUGCUGGAGACCCUGCCCGAGCUCAUCUUCCUGUUGGGCCUCUUCGGCUACCUUGUCUUCCUGGUCGUCUAUAAGUGGCUGCAGGUGUCGGUGUCCAGCGCUGCCUCGGCACCCAGCAUCCUCAUCCACUUCAUCAACAUGUUCCUCUUUGCGCACAGCUCCACCAACCUACCGCUCUUCCCUGGGCAGGAAGUGACACAAUACACACUGGUGGUCCUGGCCUUGGCCAUGGUGCCUGUCCUGCUACUGGGCACCCCCUUGUACCUGCUUCGCCAGCACCACCGCCGCCACCACCCUCAGAUGGGCAUACAGGACGAGAAUAAGGACAGGCUUCUGGACUCCUCUGAUGCCUCCAUCUCCGAGAACGGCUGGAGCCCGGACGAGGAGAAGGCGGGGUGUCCUGGAGAUGAGGAGGCAGAGUUUGUCGCCUCGGAGGCCUUCAUGCACCAGGCCAUCCACACCAUUGAGUUCUGCCUGGGCUGCAUCUCCAACACCGCCUCCUACCUGCGCCUCUGGGCCCUGAGUCUGGCCCAUGCACAACUGUCGGAGGUCCUGUGGGCCAUGGUGAUGCGUGUAGGUCUAAGCAUGGGCCGUGAGGUGGGCGUGGCGGCCGUGGUGCUGGUCCCCGUCUUUGCGGCCUUUGCCGUAAUGACGGUGGCCAUCCUGCUGGUGAUGGAGGGGCUCUCGGCCUUCCUGCAUGCUCUGCGGCUGCACUGGGUGGAGUUCCAGAACAAGUUCUACCUGGGCACUGGCUACAAGCUCAGCCCCUUCACCUUCACAACGGACGAUUAGUGCUCGCUGCAGGUCAAAAGAGGAAUAAAGAGUUGGCAGGUCCAA